AUCACCAGUUUAGUUCAAUAAUCAAUCGAUUGAAUAUGACAAAAUUCAACAUCAAUUGGAUAUUCAGUGUUGUGGUUCUCAUUGCUGCCGCAAAUCUGGCAAGCGCGUCUUCAGAUGCCUUCGAUUUGAGCGUGCUCAGAGAUAUACUCAAUAUCUAUCAUAAAAAACUUUCGGUACUACAAUGCAUGGAAAGAAGUUGUGAUCCUUUGGCUCAUCAGAAAAUGAUUGCAAUUGAGAAUGAAAUGGGAAGAGAGUUGAGAGCUAGGCUUGCCGCAAUCCAAAAUUUUGAACUUGAUUCCCUUAAGGCUGACGAGGUACUUCAGGCCUCAAUUGAGAAAUUGUUACUUGCCGAACCCAAAUGCCAUGACCUUUCGUACUUUUGCCCAGCCAUGGAAACAGUCCAUUUGUUACCAAAAUUCCUAAGUGACUACAUAACUCCUGUGCAGUACUUUACUCAAUACGGACUAAGGUGUGUUAAUUUAACAAAUGUUCAAAAAGCUAUGGAGAUCUUGGGCAAGUCUAUUGAAUACCUUGAAAACGAAAAGUCGAAUGGAGCCAAUUACUUCGAAGAAGCAUUGCCAGCCUACAAUUAUGUGGCAAAUGAAUAUCGCAAGUUGUGUGAUGGAAAUUUUUGGUUCGGGCCUGUAAACCAUGGCUAAAAACCA